AGAUGAAGCGACUGAAACGCGUACGGAUUUGUCACCGCGCAUGCCGCAUUGUGAGCCGCUAUUCUCUUCAGGCCGUCUUGAACGCAUGUGCAAUUGGGGGUGGCGUAUAAAAAGCGAGGGCCUUCAUCUCAGCUACAGAUCGUUCGUCACCAGUCAGCGAAGCCACAGCGAAAGCGCUCAGCGCGGCGUGCUCCUACUGACAGAAGGCUGAGACUUCUACCGAUAGUGGUCAUUGACAGACUCAACAAGGGCCGUGCGCAACUGUUACCCGGCCCACAAGUAGAUCUACUACCUGCUGCUAAGAUCGGCAGGGUCUGCUUGAUAAUACGCCAGUUUUCGCCGCUAUUGAUAGUCUCUCUCGUGGGACAGUAUAACCGCUAGAUGUGUGAAGUGCUUCCAGUCAGCACGCUAUCUGAUUGUUGCUAACCGCUGGGGCCAUCUGUCGGCGUUCAACCCCUCUAGCUCCGCUAUAAGAAGCGGUUAACCUGGGUACCACUGCCUUUCGACAUCACCGGCAAACAUGCCACGGUCGUUCCUCGUGAAGAAGUCCAAAAGUGACGAUGACAGGCCUUCCUACCACAGCUACAGAGUGAGGGACAUCUACAACGACGAUUCAGUCGACAGCCUCAAGGCAGCUACCCCAUACACUCCCGCUAUUCAGCCUUUGGCCGUCAGAGUCAACAACGGCUACAUUCACGAUGUUAUUGCUCCGGUCUGGAUCCAAGAUGGCGGGGAAUGCGAAAAGACGAUGGAAGGGGCGUCUAUGUCCAAACCCGACUGCGGGACGUCGACGGCGACGGAGAGCAUCCCCGAAGAGUCAGACGACGACAGCUUCAAGGACCACGUUGGUGUGACAAUAGGAUAUACGUACGAUGCCUUCUUUAUCAGUGAUGGUCGAUCUCGGAAACGGAACGCUGUUGGAAUCCCGGAGAAAAACACUGGCAAACAGCGCUACACGUGCAACGAAUGUGGAAAGGACUACGCAACGUCGUCUAACCUUUCACGUCACAAGCAGACCCACAGGAGCCUUGACAGUCAGCAAGCAAAGAAGUGCCCGCAUUGUGAUAAAGUUUAUGUCAGUAUGCCCGCGCUGUCCAUGCACAUAUUAACUCACAACCUGAGACAUGCCUGUGACGUGUGUGGAAAGUCAUUCAGUAGACCGUGGCUGCUUCAAGGACACCUUCGAUCCCACACGGGGGAGAAGCCUUUCGGAUGUGCCCACUGUGGCAAGGCGUUUGCCGACAGAUCGAACCUGAGGGCUCACAUGCAAACCCACUCAGCCUUCAAACAUUUCAAAUGUAAGCGUUGUGAUAAGUCGUUUGCUCUCAAGUCGUACCUGAACAAACACUACGAAUCUGCCUGCAUCAAGGACUGAGGUUGUGCGGUUUUUUCCAGAGUUUUUUUGGUGCAAUAGAACUAUUUUGUCUAAUUAUAUACACACGAUUAUAUAUGUUGUAGACAUUGAUCUGACAGUGUACAUUAUAUUGACUGUUUUAUCAUAUUUCUGAAGAAACUGUUUUUAAAUAUUUACACUAGGUUGAAUCAGUGGUGUUCGACAGUUAAUGUUACACCGUCUUUGUUACGAGUUUCUAUAAUGGUGACCAUAUGGUCGACUCUAACGGGGGCUUGGUCAUCCACGAAUGCUAUUGCCUCCAUUGUUACCCCCUCCCCUCACACCCCACCCCCUCCGGUCGCGCGCCUUUGAUUCACCCCCUUUUUAUCCUAGUGUUGAUCCGCUUGAAUUACAGUAACAUUAUUUCCCAAACCAGACUCAAUUAUCGGGGCUGAUCGAUUCUCGCUCUCCGACCCCGAAGCUUUAACAAACAUCAACAAUAGCAAACACGAGUGGUUAUGAGUAAUUUAGUAGCAAGCAACUGGUUGGCAUUGGGUUAUUUAUAAUUCAUAACAUUAAUAUGGAUAAUUUCCGUUAGCUUUUGUUUAACCAUCUGACAUGGCAGAAAAAUCCAUUCUUUGUCCAAAUUCCCACGAUCUCUUGGAUUCGUUGCAUAUAAUAAAAUGCAACCAUGCUUUGUUGGGUUGAAUUCUCUUUGUUAAAAGCAGUUACAUUAUCAAAAAGGCGCCGACUCCACCACGCAAUGUCCCACUCCCAUGCUUUCCUGUUCUAGCGUUGUGAAUAUCUAACGUGUAUUUUUCUAUCAGAUUGGUGCAUUAUGAAGUGAAUGUUUUCACAUGUUCCGCGUACUCUCGAGCAGCAGUACCAAGCGUCGGGAAACGUGCAAUAUUUGUAUAUUUUAGCAGAAUUUCUGCAGCCCACCCUGCGGUUUGUACUUACCAUUUGUAUAUACCCUUUGUACAAUGAUUUCGCCUAGCGUUCAUCGAUAGGGCAUGUAGAACCUACGUUUGUAUUCUCGCACAUAGUGUUUACUCUGUGUCAGUUGCUCCAACUGAAUCUCUUUCACCAUAUUAAACAUAUCAUAUUUUCCUACGUAUGAAUUGGGGUCUUGAGCGACCAUCAUUUCAUUUAUUAGGAUUUUUUCCUACUACUUAAUGUUUUGUAAGUAGAGUAUUUUUCACACUUUUACACCCAGUUUGAUCUGUAUCGUGGCUGCCUCCUGGUCACCGCUCCGUGUUAGAGAGAUGCACUUUCACUUAUGCAAAUCACCAUAUUAUUGCCCUUAUAAGGACCUAGCUCCAGAACAAUGCCUUGUAUAUAUCCAAUACCUCAACAGUAUUACUUUGUCAAGAGCCGACAGCCGACUGGCAGUCAUAGUCCCAUUUUGCGUCACAAAGCAAAGAUGCGUACUUAAUGUAUAUAGUUCUUUAUAUCGUAGAAACCAAAGACAUCUUAUUUACAGCACUUUUUACUCACCCCACAGUCAUUUUUAUACAGUCAUUUUAUACACUCGGGGAACACCGAUCCUUGUCACUUUUAUCUCUACAUCUGUAUUUUAUAUUUAUUUUCUACUUUUAUGUUUGUUAUUUCAUUUUUGAGUUUGUUGAUUUUGUACCUUCUUUGUCACUUUGUCAUUUUUUCCAAAACCACACAUGCUGAAAAGUGCAAUAUGUAAAUUGUAUAUUAUAUAUUUAUACAUAGCAAUAACUGGACUUGGACCUUUGUCCGGGCUUAUGCACAAGCAUAAAUUUUCCUGCUUGUUAAAUAAAUAGAUCAAAAUAA